AUGGGCAAAAUGAAGGUUAUUGAUUCUGGGGUUGAUGAGUUUCCUUCGAAUUCUCUGAAUCUUGAGUCUUAUGAAGUUGAUGUGAAACAUCGGGAGGAAGAUGUUGAGAAAAGGGCAUCGGCAUCUCCAUCUUCAUCUUCAUAUCUGUCUUCCUUGGAGCUAUUGGCUGAUGUAGCAAUCCAGCAAUCAAUGGAGUUGCUUUUGGAUGAAAAGACCGUUGUUGAAGAGUUGAUCAACUUCUUUGCUCGAAAGGGAAGGGAACAAAGGGUUUUGGCAGGCAAGCUAGGGUUUGAGUUGAAUGACAUUUUCAUUCCAAAGAAGAAAAGGAGUAGACUUGGCCCUCUUUCUCUUAAAAGGGAGAGAGAAUAUUCUGAUGAUCAUAAUUGUUUUGGGAGUGACAACCUUCUCCAAAACAACAACGACAACAACAAUCUGAACCAGAAAAAGAAGAAGCAGAAAAGGGUUCAUGUUCAAAAUGAACAAUUGGAGCCAAAACCAGAGUUGCCUCAAGAACUAAAACACAAGAUUAGUGGAAUUGGUGGAGAUGUGAAACUUGUAAUCCAGAAGAAGAUAUGUGCGUCUGAUAUGUCUGCAAAUAAUGCUCGAUUUUCGAUACCAGGGUUUAAGGGCAAAAGCGCAGACUUUCUUAAGGAAAAGGAGCAGAGUGAUUUGGAUAUUCGUGACACUGACAAGAAGAAGCGGCUGAUUGGUAUCCCUGUAUUGAUGCUCAACCCAUAUGAUCUGAGCUUCGAUUCUUUACGCCUGAAGAAAUGGCAAAUGGGAGGCAACCAUGUGUACAAUCUGGUUUCGGGAUGGAGAAAGGUUGCCGAGGCAAAUAAACUCGAGGAAGAUGAGAUGGUGCAGCUUUGGUCAUUCCGCCUCAACCAUGACUCUCAACUUUGCUUUGUGCUUGUCAAAGUUAAUAGCACCACCAUCACAAAGGAGGAAGCUCACCAACAUAUUGGAUCAAUUUCUUGUCUCGACAAUGAGCAACUCUCUUAG